AUGGCAGGCAAAGUGGCAGCCACAUCUCAAGCCUAUUAUGUGGACAUAGCUUCUGUGCCUGUGGAUUUCACCCCAGAAGCAUGGGAAGACUCACACAGACAGUAUGUCAAAGACAAAUCUAGCUACAAGGUGAUGUCUUCUCCUGUUGUACACACUUCUUUAAUUGCUAUAACCUUCACUUGGCAAGAGGAAGACAUGGGAAGACAUCAAGCUAGUCACUGUGCACAACAUGGGUCAUAUCAGCAAACUGAGAGUCCCCGCUCAGUGUGCAGUGAGCCUUGUCCAUUAGGAUACAGAAAGGCAGCACGCACGGGACAGCUAGUCUGUUGCUUUGACUGUGUUCCUUGUUCUAUGGGAGAGAUUGCUAACCAGACUGGCUCCAGUGAAUGUAUACAGUGCCCUGAAGAUCUUUGGUCAGACAUCAAGAGAGAAAAGUGUAUUCCUAAAGUCAUUGACUUUCUUUCCUUUGAAGACUCUUUGGGGUCACCAGUUACUAGCCUGUCAGUUGCUGCUCUUUGCAUUACUAUAUCUGUCCUUUGCAUCUUCCUUAAGUUCCGGAACAGUCCAAUAGUCAAAGCCAACAACAGAACUCUCAGCUACCUCCUGCUCAUUGCCCUGUCAUUGUCCUUUCUCUGUCCCCUGAUAUUCAUUGGACAACCCAGAAGAAUUAAUUGCAUCUUACGACAGACUACAUUUGGCAUCAUCUUUUCUAUUUGCAUUUCUUCCAUCCUGGCCAAAACAGUUAUUGUGAUAAUUGCUUUUAAUGCCAGGAAUCCAGCUAGCAAACUGCGUAACUGGGUUGGAUCCAAAUGGUUACCCAGUUGCAUUGUUAUCUGUGGUUGCUUAUUUCAGUUUAUUAUAUGUAUUAUCUGGUUAUUGACUGCUAGUCCUUACCCACAGAAAGAUAAGAAUUCUGAAGCUGGAAGAAUUAUAUAUGAGUGUAAUGAAGGCUCUGCCACUAUGUUCUACUGCAUGCUUGGAUACAUGGGCUUGCUCGCUAGUGUGUGUUUUUCUCUUGCCUUCUUAGCCAGAAAUUUGCCAGAUAGAUUUAAUGAGACCAAGUACAUUACAUUUAGUAUGCUUGUUUUCCUAAGUGUUUGGAUCUCUUUUAUACCAGCAUACUUGAGUGCAAAAGGGAAGUACAUGGUUGCUGUAGAAAUAUUUGCUAUAAUUGCAUCCAGUGCUGGCCUGAUCAGCUUUAUAUUCAUUCCGAAAUGCUAUAUUAUUUUGGUACAGCCUGACAUGAACACCAGGGAAAAGCUCAUUGGUAAGGCAAGUUCACAUAGGUACCCCUUUUCAGGGGCAGAACAGGAACACUGUCUUUUAAAGUAUCUUGCUCAGAGUCACACAGGAAACAAACAGGUGAUUAAGGAGUCAAACCUUGCAUCACAGGAAGUAGCUCAAUCAAACCUUGCAUCACAGGAAGUAGCUCAGUCAAACCUUGCAUCACAGGAAGUAGCUCAGUCAAACCUUGCAUCACAGGAAGUAGCUCAGUCAAACCUUGCAUCACAGGAAGAAGCUCAGUCAAACCUUGCAUCACAAGAAGUAGCUCAGUCAAACCUUUCAUCACAGGAAGUAGCUCAGUCAAACCUUGCAUCACAGGAAGAAGCUCAGUCAAACCUUGCAUCACAAGAAGUAGCUCAGUCAAACCUUGCAUCACAGGAAGUAGCUCAGUCAAACUUUGCAUCACAGGAAGUAGCUCACUGGAAGUCUAUUGCCUUAAAUCUUCUCAUCUUUAGAGUUAUCAAGCCGAGAUGGCCUGUCCAUUGCCUCCCGUAUAACCCAGUAUGGACAAGAUACUUUAAGCAGUUAAGGUCAGCAGUAGAAACCAGCAGUUCCACUAUUCCAAUAAAUGUGGAGGAUAUCGACUGCAGAAUGGCUGUUGAUGAUGAUGAAGAUAACAUAGUUAUAGUUAUGAGACAGCCCGAGUAA